AUGGAAUCAACCCAAAUAUCAAAAAUAAAUUUUGAAAAUGAAACAAAAAGUUUUAACUUAGGUUUUUUAGAUUUUAUUAUUGAUCCUUUUGAGUAAGAUGAUAAAAUUUAAGAAAUUUUAAUUAAUUGUAAAACAAACUAUUAUGAUGAGAGUUUAGCAUAUUUAAUGAGAGUUAAAGCCUUUCUCUGUUAAUUAGGGGAGUUUUAUAUUUCCUCAAGUUGCCAAUAAUGUUAAUCAGAAUAAGGAUUUUAUUCAGUCACAUAUAAUACAACAAAAUGUUCAAUUUUUGAUAAAAAUAAAUUUGAAGCAAUUACAUCUAAUAAAAUUCUAUUAAAAAUUGGUUAUUGGAGACCACAUUACACUUCUGAUGAUGUAGAAUUAUGUUAUAAAAACCAAUAUCUUUGUUAAGGUGGUUGGGGUGUUAAUAAUGAACUAUGUUUUAGAGGACAUCUAGGAGGACUUUGUGAAGAAUGUGAUAGAUUUAAUGUAAGAGGAGAUGGAUAAUUCUUUAAAAAUUAAUAAUCAGUAGAAUGUGAGCAAUGUUAGGAUACUACUAAACGGUUAAUAGCAUUUUUUUUGAUUUCAAUAUGGUAUUGCAAAUUUUAAUAAAUAAUAGGGCUAUUUUAUCAACACUAUUAACUAUUGGCAGUAUUGAAAAAUCAAAUAUAUUGUUUGCAUAACUUAAACUUAGAUAAAAGUUUGCUCAUAUUUUAUUCAAACUAAAUUAAGGUAUUAAUUUAUUUAUAUUAAUAUAUUUAGAUCAUGAAAGUAUUUUAUUUAAAUUAUUUCUUAAUUAUUUAUGGAUAUUUUCACUCAUCUUUACAUUUAAUAUUAAAUUAACCAUAUCUUUAGGUAUUUUUAAAUAAUCAAAUGAUACUUCAUAUUUUAUGACUAAUUUUUUUGAAUGUUUUUUGUCUGAAAUAUAAGAGAUAGAAUUAAUUUACACUAGAAUCAUAGUUAUGUUAGUCCUUAUGGUUUGUUAAAUAUUAGUAAUCUUUAUUGGUUUUAAAAUUGUUUCAAUAAUUAAAAACACUAAAUUCAAAAGCCUGAUUAUUUCAAUUACUAUCUUAUAAAUGUAUGUACAAAAUUAUGCUUCUUUACUUAAUCAGUAACAAAAUUUAUUUAUAUUAACUAGAUUUUUUUCUAUUUUAGUUGUUAGAUAGAUUUCAAAUAUAAAUUAUAUAUCAGGUGA